UUGGCUUUGGCAUUCAGUCAGUUCUGUUCUGUUAGAGCUCUCAUGAAACCAUAGAAAACGCAAGGCAGUCAUGGAAGUCCUGCAUAACUCUUCUACCUCUCUUCUUAUACCCAAACAUUUAUCUUUCAAACCUCAUAAAAUCCAUACCCCACUUCUAAACCCCUCUACAAACCUUAAAUUCCCCAACUCACUCAAUAAGAACAACCCUUUUAAUCUUUCGUCGUCUUCUUCUUCUUCUUGUUCCUUUUCUUCGUUCACUUCUUGCAUUAGUUUCUCUUCUAGAACAGCUGCAACAUCAAUAUCAACAUCAACGACAACUUCCACUUCUCCUUCUUCUUCUGCUACCCCAGACAAUCGACAUUGGAUGGUGCUCAUGGAGACUCCUCCAGAGGAGAUUAGUUCGAGAACAGAGGUUCUGGAUUACUACGUCAAGACCGUCGAACGUGUUUUGGGCAGUGAAGAAGAUGCUCAAAUGUGUAUAUAUGAUGCUUCUUGGGAUACCCACUUUGGGUUUUGCUGUGACAUUGAUGAAGAAACUUCUCUUGAGCUCGCUCGUUUGCCAGGGGUCUUAUCCGUUAGGCCUGACCCAGAUUUACAUUCUGUGAAAAAGAAUUAUGAUUCUUCAAAUAUUAAACCAGGAACUAUAUCUAACUCAGAAAUUGGAGAUAACCUUUUGUUUCCUACGGGAAAUACUAAACACUGGCUAGUUAGAUUGGACAAGCCAGGGAUGGGGGUCGUUACAAAAGCUCAGAUGGUUGAUUAUUAUGCGCAGAUACUUACAAAGGUUCUGGGAAAUGAAAAGGAUGCACAGAUGUGUAUUUAUCACAUUUCCUGGCAGUCCAACUUUGGGUUUUGCUGUGAACUUGAUGAGGAGUGUGCUCAGGAGCUAGCUGGUGUGCCUGGUGUUCUAUCUGUCCGGCCAGAUCAAAAUUUUGAAUCAGAUAAUAAAGAUUAUGGAGGCCUACAGAGUUCUACAAGUCCAUCGUAUUCUUCGGAAGAAAAUCAAACAACACCUGUAAAAACAAAGAAACUAUUUGUGACUGGCCUGUCCUUUUAUACAUCUGAGAAAACCUUGCGGGCAGCAUUUGAAGGCUUUGGGGAGCUUGUUGAAGUUAGAAUAAUCAUGGACAAGAUUUCUAAAAGGUCAAAAGGUUAUGCAUUUAUAGAGUACACUACAGAGGAAGCUGCUGGUGCAGCGCUCAAAGAAAUGAAUGGCAAGAUCAUCAACGGUUGGAUGAUAGUUGUCGAUGCUGCAAAGCCAAAGAGUAGCUCUCCAAGAUAUGACCGAGGCCGAACCAGACAGCCUUUCAAGGGAGAUGGAGUGAGGUAGAUGGCAGGUUGACACCAAGUUAUAGUCAUUUAUCUCUUAUGUUGCUUGCCCUCCUCCAGAAUUUUGAACCUUUGUGUUGGUAGUUCCUGUUAAUUUCAAAUGUAUACAUAUUGAUUCUAGUUGAGGUAUUAUAGGUUUAGACUUCAGGUUUAGCAUCAUUCAAGUCAACUGCUACCAUACAAUAUUGAAUCGGUCAGUUUCUUUCUGGUUCAAGAAGAUUUGACCAUACAAGAACAAUAUACUGCAUUUUCUUUUCAAUAGUAUGUUAUGAGUUUGUGAGUA